AUGUCGUACCACGCGCGGUCCUACUCGCGCUCUCGAUCGAGGUCGCCGGGCACGCCGAUGCGCCGCGAUCCCCCAAGCCGCUGCAGCCUCCUCAUCCGCAACCUGCACAAGGACACCAGGGACAGCGACUUGAGAUACUUCGCCGAGAAGUAUGGGCCGGUCAGGGACGUCUACCUUCCCCGGGACUACUACACUGGCGAAUCGAGGGGAAUAGGCUUCGUCGAAUUCACGAACCCCAGGGACGCAGAAGAGGCCAAGCACCAGAUGGACAAGGUGGUGCUGCUGGGGCGUGAGAUCUCUGCCGUAUUCGCGAUGCAGGGCCGCAAGCGUCCUGAUGACUACCGCCGCGGGAGGGGCGGUGGAGGGGGUCGUGGCUACAGUCGCUACAGAGGGGGCAGCUCUCCACCGCGCCGUCGGUACACGUCGCGGUCACCCCCUCGUCGCUACCAUGGUGGCGGUGGCGGUGGCAGUUAUGGGGGUGGUGGUUAUGGUGGUGGCUACGGCAGUGCUCGUGGCGACCGUGGAUAUGGUGGCGAUCGUCGUGACCGUGGCUAUGGAGGCGAUCGAGGCUAUUAUGGGGACCAUGAAGAUUAUGGUCGCCACCAGCAUGCACCUCGGAGGCGGUAUGAUAGCCGCUCGCCACCUUCUCGAAAAAGCCGGACCAAGAGCCCCUCGCCUGGGCCUCGCAGGGACUCACAAGACUCAAGCCCUGGGCGGAGGAGGGCGAGCAGGUUGCCACCUGCCUCUCCUGAUGGGCGGGCUCAAUCGGACAGCCCAUCUCCAAGGAAGUACAGCCGUUCUCCAUCGCGUUCAGGCUUGGAUAAUCCCAACGAGUCACCUGAUGGUAGAUCGCCUGCAGAAGAUUGA